UAGCGCGGUUUAUUCAAAAUGUCAUUAGACUUAGAGAAAAUUAAGCAAUGUGAUUUCUACACUAAAUAAGGUUCAUGUUAAUUAGGAAUGCCUAUAAAAGUAGGUAUAAAUGGUUUCGGCCGAAUUGGUCGAGUGAUAUUUAGGGCUUGUAUACAAAACUCGACUGUACAGAUAACAGCAAUUAACGAUCCUGCUAUCGACAUUGAUUACAUCUGCUAUUUGAUUAAAUUUGACUCCACACAUGGAAAAUUCAACGGCAGUGUUACACAUAAAAACAAUGAGAUUAUAGUUUUUAAUGAUCACGUUAUUAAAGUUUUUCACGAGAAAUUACCUUCAAAUGUGCAGUGGCUAACAGCCGGAGUGCAAUAUGUUGUAGAAGCAUCUGGAAUGUUUACUAAUUUGGAAAAGGCAUCGGGUCAUUUAGCGAGUAAUGGCGUGAAGCGAGUGAUCGUAACAGCCCCCAGCGUGGACGUGCCAAUGUUAAUACUUGGGGUCAAUGAAAAUAAAAUUCUUUCUGAACACAAAGUAAUAUCAUGUGCUUCAAGUACCCUAUAUUGUCUAGCUCCUAUAAUUAAAGUCUUAGAUGACAAUUUCGGAGUAAGUGAAGGAUUCAUUACCAGUAUCCACGCCAUGACUCCAUCGCUGAAACCUUUAGAUGGAAUAUGUUUACGAGGCAAGCACUGGCGUGAUCAUAGGAGUAUUCUUCAGAACAUAAUACCAGCCGCGACUGGAGCUUGCAAAGCACUUGGCAAAAUUAUGCCUCAAGUAAAGGAUAAGCUUUCUGGCUUGGCAUUCAGAGUUCCAAUAGUGAACGUCUCUAUACUGGAUCUUACUAUACGAUUAUGUUCCGACACCAAAUUACAAGAUAUUGUUACAAAAGUGGACAAAGCGAGUUCUACAUCUAUGGAAAAUAUAAUAAAAUUAUCAAUCGACGAAGCUGUAUCUUCAGAUUUUAUUGGAGACAACCAUUCCUGUAUUUUAGAUGUUGGGUCGAGUCUACAGUUGAAACCAAAUUUUUAUAAACUUGUUUGUUGGUAUGAGAACGAAUAUUCGUAUGCUUGCAGAGUAAUAGAUUCUAUAAUUUUCUCUGACAAUCAACUGAGAAUACCAGAUCCAAGGUGUAAAAUGACGUAUGUUAGACAAAAAACUUCAAAGAAACAGAAUGCGACACAACAAACGGAUAAAUUAGGAAAAGAAAUAUCAAUAGAAUGUAAUAAAAAUUCAGAAGUUAAUCGGAAAGUAUUAACGAGUGUUUGUCAAAACGUAAGUUUCAGAACUAAGGCACAACCUAGACCACUUCUCUUGAAGAAGCCUUUACCUGGCAAAUCAGAAUCAAACUAUCGUGAUACCAAAAAAAGAACGGAAUUAUUUAAAAUAUGGAAUGAUGAUAAUGUGAUGCUUAAAUCCACGACACGUCAAAAUAGCUCUGUUUUUCAUACCUGCGCCGAUUUUGUUCCACAACCAUUGACUUUAAAACGAAACGACAAUUCAAAAGCACAUGAGCAUUUAAAAAAGGUUAAAAAAGAAUUUUCUAGAAUGGUAAACAUUACAGAAGAUUUAUUGAAAAAGUCAAAUAGUAACAAAAUUAAAAUUGAUAGUAAGGAUAAAAUUUUAGACGAGAAAUCUAUUAUAAAUAUUUCUAAAAUAGACAAUACUGAGACAGCUAGAUUAAAAAUAACGCCUACUGAUGCAUCUAACAAAUUAAUAAAAGUUAAAAUGGUUAAAAAUCCUGUGCUCGACAUUUCUGGUCAUUACGAAUCUGUUAUAACUACUAAUGAUAUCGGUUUAAUUAAUAAUGAUAAUAAGGAUAUCACUAUAGCUUCAUCAAAUGCUCUUGAUAUGACUAAGUUAAAGAGUACAAAAUAUAAAAAAAUUCAGUCUGCCGUAAUUGAAAAUAUUCAUGAAACAAGUCCAUUUGCUUAUGAUAAAGUUGAAACGAAUGAAUUAGAUAUGUAUUCAAAACCUGUGAAUUAUGAAUUCAAGGAAGAAGUGGCUAAUACUAUCAAUACUUUAAUAGAUGGAUUAUUACAAUCUAUGCAAAUCCAGUCUGUUAUUAUUGAAAAUAAUAGAGAUAAAACCCGAAAAUUGCCAAAUAGCAAAGAAUCACGUCAUGCUAUUGUAAAUUACAAAACAAGGAGUAGUAAUGACAGUGGAUUCUUUUCUCCCGAAAAAAACGAAGUGAGUGAGAUCGAAGUCGAUUUAAACGAAUUAUCUAAUUUUCUCAGUCCAUGUAGUGUUCAAGGAGAAGAAAUGGAAAUAAAUGAUUAUAUGAAUAAUCAAAUCUGUACAGUCAAUAGUAAUAUCUCUAUACAGGGUAAGACUGAUAUACACUCAGAUAAGUAUGAAUGCAUAGAAGAAAGUGACUCUCGGACGUAUAAUAUGAAAAAUAAAGAUCAAUCAAUGAGUGUUGCUAAAAUUCAUGACUCUAUAGAAAAUAAAAUAGUGAUAUAUUUGGAUGAUCAUCAGAAAAUAGAUAUAAGUAAAUCAGAGCCGUUGGACGUUGAAAAUGUGUCUCUGACAAUAAAGAGGUACAAAGACAAUAAAAGUUUAACCCUGCAAAAACAAAUUAUAGAUAGCUUAAACAGAAUAUCACCUGAACCUGUUAUUGUUGUUUCCAGUCAUAAGUCAAGAUGUGUUAACCUCGAAAAUACAAUGCCAGUUGCAAGCAAUGGUGUUAGCUGUAGAACUAAACAAGAUAUUUAUGAUAAACUGGAUAGCACCAGUGCAACUGAUUCUGAGAAUUCUUUUCAGAUAAAUGAAAGAAAAUCUCAAGUUAUUCAUAUAACUGACUUGACUAAUUCGUUAGAAGACUUAUCACGGUUAGACAAAAUAUGCAAGAUUAUAGAAAUAUCCGACGAGCUAUCAGAUAAAUUAUUUUCAGCAUUGGAUAAUGGCGGCACGUACUUAAAAAAACGUAAGUGGUCAUUUAAAGAUUUGUGUGAGAGAAUAAAAUUAGAUGAUUUCUGUAAUAAAAUAUUUGGUAAAUCUUAACUAUGAAUUGUGUGAAUACAAAAUUAAAUCAAGUAC